CUGAACUUGCAACAUCGCACUGAUCACCACCACACCUUCCCUUCAACACCCACACUCACACCCUGCAAGCCUGCAAUGGUUUUGCAGCCCCAAUGGAGCCACUGAUUGCCUCACCCCAUCGCGAUGGCUCGCCAGCUGUGGCUGCGCCUGCCUUCAUCCCAGUCAAGAUAUCUGCCUCUGGCGCCCUCGUCCUCGACCCAGGUCAGACCCAGGAUGCCUACAUGAAGCGGCUCCAGAAGCUGGUGCACAGCAGUGAGACGCUGGAGAAGGCUGGUUACGUGGUGCAACCCUUGACACAGUUCGAGCUUGGUCAGAAGAAGAAGUGCGCGAGAUGCCACAAAUUCGUCUUCAAGAAGGCGUUCAAGCAUACCCUCGAUGGAGAGCCAAAGCAAGGCAGCGGUGCUGUUGUCGCAUCUUCGUCCACGGACGCCGUUGGCAACGCGGCCAGUCGCGGCGGCCGUUCCAAACAGCCUCCUGCGAACGGAUCCAAGAACGGAUCCAAGAAGGACUGCAGGUACCACAGCGGACACUUCAAUGGUCGCACUUGGGGCUGUUGCGGUGGCGGUGCAUGGAACCAGCCGUGCACGACUGCCGACGAUCAUGAGGUUGUUGAAUACAAGCCAGGAGAACUGGAAGGCCAGUAUCGGUACCAUCGUACUCCUGCUGAAGCGCCUGGAUCUGCUGUCCGCCGGGCAGUGGCGAUUGAUUGUGAGAUGGGAACCAGCAUUCGCAACGAGUCUAUUUGCAUCCGAGUCAGCGCCGUCGAUUACUUCACCGCCGAGGUGCUUGUCGACCAGCUGGUCUUCCCCGAUGAGAAAAUCCUCAACUACAACACUCGCUUCUCUGGCGUCACUUUUAAGCAGAUGAUGCAGGCCAAGUCGAAGGGUGACUGUCUGCUGGGCAUUGCAGCCGCUAGGCGAGCCCUCUGGAACUUUGUUGGACCGGACACUAUCGUGGUCGCCCAUUCCGGCCAGAAUGACCUGACCUGCCUUCGCUGGAUUCACGCCAAGAUUGUCGAUACUUUCCUGGUGGAGGCGUCUCCUGUAAUGAAGCUGGAGAAAGAGGCCCGCGAAGAGGCUGCCAGGCAAAAGGAACUUGCGGAGAAACUGCUCCAAGAGGCUGCGGCGAAGGAGCAGAGUGUUCCGGCAGAAACCAACUCCGGCCAGACGGUGAGGACUCAGAAACAGCCAGGUCAUCAGAAGCCAGCUGAGAAGCCCGCUGAGAAGCCCAAGAGGAAGGGCAGGGGUGGUUCUGGUCGAUUUUCCCUGAAGACAUUGACGAAGGAGCGCAUCGGCAAGGACAUCCAAACCGGCAGGGAGGGACAUGACAGCGUUAAGGACGCUGUUGCCACCAGAGAUGUUGCCCAUUGGAAUGUCCUCAAUUUUGGCCACGGCUUUUACGAGAUUGAGACUCCCUCGUCCUAGAUGGCUGGCAAAAGACAUGGGCAUGUGCAUGAAGAGGGCAUGGCCAUUUUGAGCGAUUUCGGAUUUUUGUUCAUCUUUACGCUACCCAGGUACUUUGAUUUCCCAAGUAAGCCUGCUUACGGCACUGGCAAUGUUUUUUGUUUGAUAUCCGGUUUGCUUUUCAAUCUUCACUGCGCCUUCUCAAAAGCAUUGUUUGCUACGGUCAAUGUGACCAGGUUCAUAGGGAAGGAAAAUAAAAGAAAAAGGGCCGGGGGUGGACAUUGGAGACGGAAUACAUUCCGAGGAGAAGUUGUUGUUGGCCUCUCUCCACCUCGAAACGCCAACCUUGGAAGGUUCUCGGACUUAAGAGUACUGAAUACGGUGGCGAUUUCUGUCACUGC